AUGACAAACUUAGAAAACAUCUGCGGUAAAUUUAACUCUUCAAUAGAGAAUAUGAAACUUAUAGUAUGUAACGAACUUCAAAGUAUAGAUACAACAAAAGUUUUGAACUCAGAUGCUUUGAAGAGUCUUAUAACAGACAAAGUUGGAGUUGUUGAAAGAAAGUAUAAAGACCAAAGAGUUUGUGAAAAUGUUGCAAACUUCAUUAUGGUUUCAAACAAUGCUGUUCCGAUGAAAUUAGAAAGUUCUGACAGAAGAUAUGUAGUUGUCAGAACGUCAGAUUCUCAUAUGCAAGAUACAGAAUAUUUUGACGACUUAGCAGAAACUUUGACAUCUGACUUUUACAACCACUUGUUCUCAUAUUUCAUGACAUUAGAUAUUUCAAAGUUCAAUCCAAGACAAAUUCCACAUACCGAAGAGAGACAAACAUUGUUAGAAGCAAACAAGAGUGUAUAUGAACUGUUCAUAGAUGAAACUGACUUUGUGUCAUUAGAUGAAAGGUCAUUGUACGAUUCGUAUAAACAAUAUUGUCAAGAAUAUGGUUAUAUGACAGCGUCUAAACGAACAUUCUUGGCAAAUGUCAAAAGUCUUUUAGACGUACAGAAUGGUGUAUAUACAAAGAAAAAUUUUUCUGAGUAA